AUGCCCUGCUCUAGUCUCGGCGUGUCGCCCAACAACGUCACUGACGCCGACAAAUUACAAUACGCCGCCAUCGAAAAACUCGAUGUUCGCCACGACGACGUAUCGCCCUCGCGCAUCUCUAAAACCUUCUUGGCGCCCUGCGACUGGCCGCUUAACGUCCUCGAGGCCCGAACCUGGAAUGCAACAACAGUAUGGCACAAUUUAGAACAAGUCAGUCCCGACCCGGCCAUUUUACUCCAGUUUCCUUUAUCGAAAUUGGACUGGUACGAAGAUUGCCUCUACCGAAUGUCGCACUUUGUGCCAAACCUAUGGCACUUUUAUUGUCCCCAGCGAUCAGAUGUCAAUCAAGGAGGAGCUCGGCCUGUCCUCCCAUAUCGCAUGUUCCAAGAGCGCCCGUGGAUCAUGCACUACCACGAAUACUGCGGUAUGUGGGUAAUGUUUCCCCCACUGGAGACUGAGCUGCCACACGUGUCCUGUUUCGUCAUCGACUCGGGUGUUCCUGAGGACGUCGCUAUCCUGCUCUCUGAGGCCGAGCACGCCGUCGCUCUCAUCCAGUACCAGCUACAACGGGACACCUUUACUAACCACCACACAAAACCCGCACUAAUCGCUACCUUACUACGGAACCAGACGGGCCGCCUGACCCAGGCCUACUUUGACGGCAAGCAGAACAAGCUGGUCCUGCGCCAGUCGCGGACCCUGGACUUGUCGGGCCCCGAGCCUAGCCCGGACUGGCCCCAGGCCGCGGAGACAGGCCCCUCGGGGCACACCGAAUACAUGAUCAAGUUCCCCUCAUGCCAUAACCAUGACACUCGCCCUCAAUAUUAUAGCACGGCUUCCGCAUCGCCUCCUUUUCACAAGCUCAAGAUACCCAGAUUCGCCGCCGACUGGCUCCACAUGAUCCAGGAGGACCCGGACAUUGAUCCCGCCGUGAAGCGAGGCCAGAGGACCCUGCACGUCGCCCACACGAGUACAAGUCCGGGUCGAGCAUCCGGCCCUCCGAGUUUCUUCACCUGCAGGAUUACAAUUUUAGGCUAA